CGCGCUUCUUAUCUCUCUCAACCUCAAAUCUUCAUUUCACCUCACUCUACCCAUUAACACCACUCACUCACGAUGGGCAUCUUCCGCUUGGCCAGAAAAACAGUCUUUACCGGCCUGUUGGGCACAUCCACAGCCGCCGCGUACCUCGCUUCUCAGAACCCCGUCAUCUCCCCGCUCCCCGCCAACGACCCCAUCUGGUCGUCCCGACUCUUCAGAAGGGCCAAUCCAAACGGUAACCCUACCACUCAAGAUGUCGUGAUCAAGCGCAUUCCCUUUAGCAAGAUUCGUCCGGAAUUGCUUCAGAAUAACAAUGACUUGACGCUUGAGUUCUGUCGUGGAGUUUGGAGCGGUUGGGGCUUCGCUAUUCAGCGUCGAUAUGCUCAAUUGAAAUACCGCGGUCCUGAGACUGAACAUCAGCUCUGGGACCCUGAGCAACUCGCCACAAGCACCUACGACAAAGGCGCCAUUAUCACUGAUCAUUUCGAAGUCGUUGAGAAGACUCCCACGUCCAUCACCGUGCGCUGCGGCGACUCACCGCGCAACCAGCCCCUGCGCCCAUCUGAUGGUCUCUUCCAGAUCAGCGCUACCAUCGACAAGGCGCAUGAGGAAGUUGAGUUGCGCCUCAAGAGCGUUUUGUUCUCCAGCGAGGGCAAGGUUGCGGGCAACAAGGGACCUAUGCCUCCGUGGAUCACAGAGCUGCAUCAGUGGUAUGCAAGAAUCUGGGCUGAGACUGGUUCUUGGAAACUCCUUAAGUGAUGGAUUAUGAGUUAUGAUAUACCAUGUAGAUCGUGGGCAGUUUGCUGAGCAGCUGCUGCACUGACGGAAUGAAUGAACAUGUCUCUGAAAUGCAAGAUGUUUUUUUAUGCGGUUUUCUUUUCUUUCAAACCCUUUGUGGCUUGGAUCAAGGGGUGAUCUGACUUGAUGUAGUGAAACCUUUUAAAAACCGAGCAGAUUGUGUGAAGACACGUCCAGAAAGACCCAUCAGUCACGACAUUCAUUCAGACUUUUCGUCAUACGAUGAGCCCCGCUCACUUCACUGUGCCAGUUUGCGUAACCGAGGGCACGGCGAUGUUCAACAAGAUAGCGAAAUGUUAGAAAUUUGAAUGCACAAGGUUUCAUCAACCGGGGGACAUUCAACAAAGACUUGUGAGAGUGAACUGUCAGGCUUGUACACGUACCAGAAUAAUAAGUGCGCACUGUGAUUUGCCGCCACUUUCGAACCUAUUGCCAUGUGUCAGUGAAGCCACGCACUGUCUUAGUCAUCAAGAGCUUCAACUCCCAUCCAUUUAAU